AUGAGCCAAGGAGGCGAGGCUGCCCCAGGCCAGCGGCAGUCCGCCGUGAACCAGUGCGGCACCACGUCGUCCAAGACCAUGCUGGUCUUCCUCAUCUUCUGGGGUGCGGCUGGCAUCUUGUGCUACGUGGGAGCCUCCGUCUUCAUCACCUACGACUACGACCACUUCUUUGAGGAUGUGCGCACUCUCAUUCCCGCCGUGGGGAUCACAGCAGGAGGAGCCCUGCUUUUUGUCAUCGGGCUCAUCGGCUGCUGUGCCACAAUCCGGGAGAGUCGCUGCGGACUCGCCACGUCUGUCAUCAUCCUGCUCUUGGUUUUUGUCACAGGAGCUGUGAUAGUGAUUUGGGGAUACGUUUACAGAGCAAAGGUGGAAAAUGAGGUUGACCGCAGCAUUCAGAAGGUGUACAAGACCUACAACGGCACCAACCCCGACGGGCCAGCCGGGCUAUCAAUUACGUCCAGACAGCCGCACUGCGGUGGAAUUCACGACUACUCAGACUGGGAAAAGCCAGAGCGUGCCGCGGAGCCGCUGCAGGAUGGCCAGCGCUGUCACGGCAGCCUGGCCCAGCCCGCGGACCUUACGCCGAGGGGUGAGGCCCCGGUGGUGCAGCAGCUGCAGGUGACGCACGUUACCUGGGCGGCGCUGGCGUUGGCAGCUGCUGGGCAUGCUGUGUGCUGCACCGUGCUGUGCAGACGGAGCAGAGACCCUGCCUACGAGCUUCUCCUCACUGGCGGCACCGACGCGCAGAGGGGCGGCCGUGGUGACCGGGGGGAUGGCGCGGGUCAGCUGGUGGAGAGACGUGCACUGGUGUGGGACAGGGUGCUCGGCUCGGCACGGACCCACCUCCACCCGCCCUCCUGA